AGGGCACACAUCUCUCUUGCUCAGGUUCUCUUGGAAGAUCUCGAACACUAGUUUCCUGUAUUCCAGACAGUUUUCCUGUUAAGGUGACGCUGCUGCCUACCAGCCUCUUGUGUCUCUGCAGAGACUUGUGAUACAAUCGCAUGUGCAGCCCGUCCUAUAUGUGUACGUUUUAUUUUUAUUUUUUGUCUUUUUGAGACAGGGUCUCACUGUGUGGUUCAGGCUGGCCUUGAGCUCACUAAUGUAGCCCAGGCUGAUCUUGAACUUUCAACGAUCCUCCUGCCUCAGCCUCCAGAGUGCUGGACUUACAGGUGUGUGCCACCACAUGUGGCUAUGUGUAUGUUUUAAAUCCAUGCGUGUAAAUGGUGGUACAACUCAGUGUGUUUCUGGAGUCUUGAGUUUUGUCAGGAUAGGGGGAAAACAGCUCAUUGUUCCAAUAAAUGUGCAUUUAUUAUUUUUACAGUAACAUAGAAUUGAAUUUGGGCAUCUUCUUGGGAUGAAUUUAAAAUACUUCCCGUUUAUCUUCUGCCUGGACACAAAAGGCAUUUAAAAUGUGUAUCAAUUGAGCAGCCGAUUGUCUGCAACUUGGAUUGUCUGUCAAUUGGAAACUCCCCAGGGGCGGUACUAAGAAAGUAUUAGUUGGUUUUUGUCGUUGUUUUUUAGCAUCUGAAGUCGGGAACUGGGGAGUAAGGCCCAGGGGGUGCGGCUGUCAUUCUGUGGGAACGCGGGCCCUGUGCCCAGAGCGUCAUCCCGGGUGCAGAGCUGCUGCUGCUGUGCUCUUACUUUCAGGAAAAGUCUCAGGAAAAAGCGUGGACUAUCCAAGUGAAUGCUUCUAUGGAAACUGCGGAGGGGAUGGAGAGGGAAGUCGUCCCAGCGGGGUGUUAGAUGUACUUGCAGUUACUAUGCUGUCAAUCUUACUUCUUUGUUUUGGUACCGGGAAUGUAACUCAGGACCUUGUACUUGCCAGGCAGGUGCUGUGCCACUGAGCUGUAUCCCGGCGCUCUGCUAUCCAGCUUGACUUCCUCGUUCGAGGGAUGGCAGCGGAAAGUGUGACCAUGACGUGGGCCCGUGGGUGUGGAGGGCGCUCGCUGGCGGCGAGGGCCAGCUUGGUCUGCGCUGUGCCUUACACCCGCCCCAUCGCGCGUGACCACGACGCCCUUUUGGGGAGGCCCGCGGCUCCUGGCCGCCUACCCGUGGGGACUUGCAGAUUGCAGGGAGCAGCAGACAGGCGGGGGCGAUCCCCUCUCCGGCGUCUGUGCUCAGGGUGUGGCGCUGCUCGCCCUGGCGGUCCGGGAUGCGCCGGGGUCCCCAGCCGGGGCCGCAUGGGGGUGCGCGAGUAACCGAGGUGAUCCCGGAUCGCCUUUGUUUUGCCAUUCUCUACAGCAGACCAAAGAGUGCGUCAAAUGAACAUUAUUUCAGCAUAGAUAAUGAACUUGAGUAUGAGAACUUCUACGCAGAUUUUGGACCGCUCAACCUGGCAAUGGUUUACAGAUAUUGUUGCAAGAUAAAUAAGAAACUAAAGUCCAUUACAAUGAUGAGGAAGAAAAUUAUUCAUUUUACUGGCUGCGAUCAACGAAAACAAGCCAAUGCUGCUUUCCUUAUUGGAUGCUACAUGGUUAUAUAUUUGGGGAGAACUCCGGAAGAAGCGUAUGGAAUAUUAAUCUUUGGAGAUACAUCCUAUAUUCCUUUCAGAGAUGCCGCCUACGGGAGUUGCAGUUUCUAUCUUACACUGCUCGACUGUUUUCACGCGGUGAAGAAGGCAAUGCAGUACGGCUUCUUUAACUUCAACACCUUUAACCUUGAUGAAUAUGAACACUACGAAAAAGCAGAAAAUGGAGAUUUAAAUUGGAUAAUACCAGACCAAUUUCUUGCCUUCUGUGGACCCCAUUCAAGAUCCAGACUUGAAAGUGGUUAUCACCAGCAUUCUCCGGAGACUUACAUCCCGUAUUUUAAGAGUCACAACAUUACUACUGUUAUUCGCCUGAAUAAAAGGAUGUAUGAUGCUAAACGCUUUACGGAUGCUGGUUUCGAGCAUCAUGAUCUUUUCUUUGCGGAUGGUAGCACCCCGACGGACGCCAUUGUCAGAGAGUUCCUGAAUAUCUGCGAGAGUGCUGAGGGUGCCGUCGCUGUGCAUUGUAAAGCUGGCCUUGGUCGGACCGGCACCCUGAUCGCCUGCUACAUCAUGAAGCACUACCGGAUGACGGCUGCCGAGAGCAUCGCCUGGGUGCGAAUCUGCCGGCCCGGCUCGGUGAUCGGGCCUCAGCAGCAGUUCCUGGUAAUGAAACAAGCAAGCCUCUGGCUGGAAGGCGACUAUUUUCGGCGAAAACUAAGGGGCCGGGAGAACGGGCCCCACCGAGCCACCGCCUUCUGCAAACUCCUCUCACGCGUGGAUGACAUUUCAAUAAACGGGGUUGAAAACGAGGACAAGCAGGAGCCUGAACCGUUCAGUGAUGACGACGAAGUCACUGGCAUCACGCAAGGUGAUAGACUGCGAGUCCUGAAAAGCAGAAGACAAUCCAAAGCGCACGGUAUCCCCCUCGCAGUAAUUCUUCAGUCCAGUGUUCAGAGCUGUAAACCAUCUGAACCUAAGCUUUCUGGCAGUGCAGGCAUUACUAAAAGAACCACCAGAUCUGCUUCGAGGAAAAGCAGUUUUAAAAGCCUGGCUCCGCAGCGGGGAAGAAGAAAAAGGCGAGCCUUGCAGCAGGUGCCCUUGGGGGCGUUAUGUCCCUCCAUUUCAAGGACCAAAACAGUUUUGCGUUAAGUAGAAACCUGUGAGCUACACCGAAGACAGAUGGACAGGACCUAGCAGUUAAAGAACAAAAAAGAAAUUGCAAAAGCCUUAGAUGUUUCCGCCUAAGAAACGGCUUCACCCAAGAAUGCAUCUAGUGGAGUCAUGGCCCCUCCGGGGCUGCGGGGUGACUCUGAAGCCCAGCCUGCCAGGUGCGGGCUCCUCCCCAGCUUCCAGGAGACUGCGUUGUAACUUAGUCUCAGGUGUAAACACCAUGGCCCUCUUGCCAUCCGGAGAGCCCAGAGUUUGGUGGCCCGCGUGUGUCCCCCUGGUGGCUGCUGUGCCUGCUGCUGGCCUUCGGAAGAGCCGAGGAUCUGACGGAGGCGUCCUUGUGCGUAUUUAUUUUCCUGUUCGCCCUGUGUCCCUGCGUGGAAAUCUGUAAAGACAGACCAGCCUCCCCGACGUGGCACUGCCUGUUCUCGGAUGCGGUCUUGGCUUCCUUCUCUCUCUGUGCUGCAGUCUGUGACACUGUUGUCAUGUUUACUCCGUGAAGUACCCAAGCUGCUUGUCUCCUACCAAAGAGUGCUUUAGGGACCGAGCCUGCGGAGAUGCUGGGGACCCUGCCGCAUGCUGGACAGCACCCCUUGGGUGCGCCCGCCCACAAGAAGCUUUAGAGGACUCCAGGGGAGACGCUGGUUUCAGAGUUGGAGAUUCUUGCCACAUCCUCCUCUCCUCUUCACAGGGUAGCCAGGCUGCGUGUCACUGGGCCAUCUGUCUUCCCAAGGGGAGGUGCCCUCGGUUAGUUUUUACCCUGCAAAACCACAAUCCAAAUAAUGGAGGCUUUGAAAACAGAAGUGCUGAUGCUUGUUUUAGAAUCGUUCUUUGUAACACUGUGGAUUUUUUUUUCUUUUAUGAUCCGUCUAGGGCCACUCAUACACUCUGAUUUCAGUAACGAUGACUCGCUUCUGGAUUUCGGUUUGUCUUAAAGAAUCACCGUUGCCUUUGGUUAGGGAAUCCAACUCGUAACUCUGCAGCGUGCCUUCUCCCCCCCCCCCAAGCACAGCAGGGCUGUGACGUAAGCAAUCACCAAACAAAAACCAGGGCCCAUAACUAAAGACUGUUCUCUGCAAGUCCCUUGGUCCUGCUGUCCAGUGCCCUCGGGAGCCAAGUCUGCCACGUACUUGUCUGGGCACCAGAGCGUGGUGGAGGACAAGGGCCAUCCCGAGACCAGAUGAAUGUAUGGGAGGGCCCGGGUCCUGCUGACCAGGCUCCCCCACCCCUUUUACAGUUGGAACAAAACUAAAGUCUGUUUACCCAGUAAGGAAUCAGAAGACAGUGUUUCCUCAUCUCGGUGUUGUGCCCCAGGGGUGAAGUAGGACACUGAGUGGUUUUGUGAGGUCAGCUCUUUGCCCAGCAUUUAUAAUGGGGCUGAGUCACAGGACACAGGGGUUUUCUGUCCCCGGGAGUGAGUGGGUUGGGGAAUAACUUGCCACCAUGCCAGGAAAGGAAGUGUUCAUACUGGGCCCGGGCACAGAAUCCGGAUCUCAGGGCACCCUUCAGAGCCUGCGGCCCCUCCCCUCCUCCAGGUAGGUACAGGGACCACACAGCUGCUGGCGUGGUUCUGUCACAAGUCAGAGAAAGGACAUGUAGCCCCUGCUGGGUCUGCUGCUGCCCAGCACGUGGGCAAUGUGGGGUUUUGGCCACUGCUACUUGCAGUAAUUUUUUUUGUUGUUGUUUUAUAAAUUGCCUUCUUGGGUUGGCUGCCCAAGUUGCCAGCUGAAUUGUGACUGCUGGGCUCUCGUUAGUGAUCCUUGUGUCCGACAAGCUUGCUGGAGUUAGCAAAGCUCGGAGUUUGAGGAGGAGCUCUGUGCCCUGGAGCAGGCGGAGCAGGACAGCUUUUCGGGUGGGUUGCACAAGGUUAGACUUACUGGGGCCUCGGUGGCUGAUGGGAAGUCCUCAGUGUUGGCCAAAGUCACAGAGCACCCCACGUGCUGGAGUCUGGCUCCGUCCGGAUACACACGACCCUGUUGCCAUAGAAUCCUGUGCCCAUCAAAUGGCAAGCUUCCUUUGAUUUAAGAGCCUUAAAUAGCAUUGAAAAUCCACCCAAACCACUUCCAGUGGAAUUAAAAUUAGCAGUGAAUAUUUAUAGGUGCCCUUGAGGCUUUCUGGGGGUUCAGGUCAUCAAGAGUCACAGAGCCCAAGGGAGGCGGGUCUGCCUGCCAAACAGGACCCCUGGGAGUGGAGGGCCUCUGUCACACCGAGGACACGGCAAGGGGCAGAGUCCCUGCAGAGGGAGCUAGCCCGUGCCACAUGGCUGCCUCCCCAGUUUUUAGGUCUAAACUUGAGGCCCGUAGCCCAGCCCCACAUGCUCCCUGCCCGUCCUGGAAAUGGUGUCUGCUCUUGGCUCUGGCCCAAGAGAGUCUUAGCGAUGUCCCCAAGUGUCCCCUGGAGGCUGGUGAGCUCAACCUAGUCUGGGUCUGAGGCUGUCCUGCGCCGCCAUCCUGCUGCCCUUUGCUUGAAGUCCCCAACCCUGCCAAAUGACCGAUGCCCUGUUAGGUGUUUGCCUCCCCUUCAUAAUAUUUUUUUAAAAUUUUACUGUACUCCAGAAAGGAGCACUCAUCAACAACCACCUUAAGCCAUCUUUUGUUUUUAAUUAGUUCUAUUCCACUGACAUGCCCUGAUGAGGUUAGUUGCUGCUCUUGUCUCCUAAGUCUGAGUAUUUCCCGUGUCGAUGAGUGGAAAUACUGCAGACGGAUUAGAAUAGACUGGACGAUUCGCCUAUACUGUGUAGGACAUUACCUCCUCCAUCACCCGGUGGAACGAUGGCAGACUCGUUCAUGGGUUAGAGUACUGCAGUUUUAUAUUAAUACUUUGCAGACUUUUAUCUAAUGUGCAUUCAUGUACAGAUUAUUGAAAGUUUUACAAUAACUGAGUAAUCAGUAUUUGAUCAAUCAUUGUCUUGAUUUUUUAUUAAAGUGUAUAUUUCUAAUCAUUUUUUUAAAGCUGAGAGAACUGGUUGAAUGUUUAUUUUCGUGAAGGUAUUUUAAAGAUAAAGCUUCAUAAUGGCCUGUAAACUUUGCAUAUAUAUGUAGUUUGAUACAUACUGUUGCAUUUGAAGAUGUUGUGUAUUGUAACUGGUUUUAUAUAAAAUUCUGAAUAGUGGCAAUUGUAAUUACAAUCAUAAUUAAAAGUAUUAACUAAGCAGA